AAGUGUCUUGUGUAAAGGCAUUAUGAAAAGUUUAAGGAUUCCCCUUGGCGGGGUUUGAACCUACAAGUUUCAGCCCAAGUCUUUAACCAAUAUACCACGCGCUGAAACGAUUAUUUACACACGACGCUUGAUUAAACUACGUGAAUAUUUUAAUAAACCAUGAAUGACCAAAAAUAAUGAAUGAACACAUGCACACAAUCGCAUGUGGAUGUGAAAAGUAAAAGAAGCAACUUAACCUUCUCCGACCCAAAUUCCGAGCCGAUUUCGUUGUCUUCCACAGCGGGGCAGCGUUACAGCGAUCUACAGACAGCAUCCAUAGGCAUUUGAGAAGAACUUAACUUGCUGUCGGAUGUCACAUACCAACUAUCUGAUGUAGACAGAAAGCUAUAAAAGUGCGGACACAUGUCCGCGCGCAGAGCGUGAAGGCGUGCGCUCCAUCGAGGACCAUGGCAUGAUAUGAGACCUUCAUUUUACGCACGUUUACGUAAACUCAAUAACAGCCACACAUGAUUUUCCAAUGGAAUCAAAUCCUAUGAUUUAUGGCGAGGAUUACUGAAGUGAAGAUAAAAUGAAAAUAAAUGGCAGCCGGUUGAUGAACAGUUCUACAUUGAGCCCUUACGAGACCACGCUGGAUCGCCCUCCCUGGGUCGCCACAACUUUGGGCAGCUUUCUGAUCUUCACUAUCGUGGUUGAUAUAUUGGGGAACCUCUUGGUGAUCCUCUCCGUGUGCAGAAACAAGAAACUUAGAAAUGCAGGGAACAUAUUUGUGGUGAGCUUGGCAGUAGCUGACCUGGUGGUAGCAGUCUAUCCUUAUCCUCUCGUGCUGGUCUCCAUUUUCCACAAUGGAUGGAACUUGGGAUUUGUCCACUGCCAGAUCAGUGGAUUCCUGAUGGGACUGAGUGUGAUUGGAUCUAUAUUUAACAUAACCGGCAUUGCCAUCAAUCGCUACUGCUAUAUCUGUCACAGCCUCAAGUAUGACAAGCUAUACAGCGACAAGAACUCCCUUUGUUAUGUCCUGCUCAUCUGGAUACUAACCGUGGUCGCUAUAGUGCCAAACUUUUACGUAGGCUCCCUGCAGUACGACCCCAGGGUCUACUCGUGUACGUUUGCGCAGUCGGCCAGCUCAGCGUACACCAUCGCUGUGGUGUUCUUCCAUUUCAUUCUUCCAAUCCUGAUUGUGACAUACUGCUACCUGCGGAUCUGGAUCUUGGUGAUCCAGGUGAGGAGACGUGUCAAACCCGAUUUUCGGCCCAAACUCACGCCUCACGACGUAAGGAACUUCAUCACCAUGUUCGUGGUGUUUGUUCUUUUUGCCGUCUGCUGGGGUCCUCUCAAUUUCAUUGGCUUGGCGGUCGCUAUAGACCCCGGGCGGGUUGCGCCUCUCAUCCCGGAGUGGUUUUUUGUAUCAAGUUAUUUUAUGGCCUAUUUCAACAGCUGCCUUAAUGCUAUAGUCUACGGAUUGCUGAACCAGAACUUCAGAAGAGAGUACAAAAAAAUUAUUAUCUCACUCUGCACUGCGAAGAUGUUCUUCCCAGAGAGUUCAAAUGAUGCUGUAGACCGGAUCAAAAGCAAGCCAUCCCCUUUAAUGACAAACAACAACCGAGUAAAAGUAGAUUCGGUAUGAAAACACAGAAAGGGCACUGUAAACAAAAACCAAAUAAGCAUUUCAGCUGCUUCCAGAAACAACUAUUUAUAACCGAUGUUUAUGACCUGAAUACAGGUGUCUGUAUUUCUUGUACCUGUUGCUUUUUCAAGAGGGUGCAUUGCAAAUAUCUUGCUUUGUCUCAGUGUUUACAAGUUCAUAAUGAUAGGCUUUUUUAUUUUCUUUUAUAUACAGCAGGUUAUAAAAUUAAUGCUAUAAACCAAUGUACACACUGUCAUAAAUGAAAAACAAGGUGCCAAGUAAACAGAUUAAUAGCCCUUAAAGCUGAUAAGUGCUCAACAAUAUGAUCUUUAUCAUACUGUAUUUUAGGUUUCGUUAUUUUCAUAAUGUUCUAUAGAGGCUGUCUGCAGCACAUGCCAAAUAAUGUAUUUGCAAAAUAAUACUUUAUACUUUGUUUAUUGUACUUAAGUAUAGUUAUUUCUUGGUAACCUUGGUCUUAAAUGGUAAGAUAGCCAGUGCAGGGAAAAUAAUGGAAAAACAGUAUUUGCCCCAUAUUUGAAAGCAAAUAUCUUUCAGUUCCCAUGAAAGAUUUAAGAUUGGUUCACAAUGCAAAUGUAGGCAAGCUCCUGAAGGGAUAGUUCACCUAAAAAUGAAAAUCACCAUUUGCUCACCCUCAUGACAUUCGGUAUGAUUUCCUUUUUUCUGCAGAAAACAACAGAAAAAAGUUUUUUUGUCCUUAAAAUGAAAGUCAGAGGGGUCCAAAACAUCACUGGACCAUGUAUGUUAAAAAAAAUGUUUUUUUUAAAUAUUUUCUUUUGUGGUCAACAGAAGAAAAAUAGUCAUAAAGAUUUGAAACAACAUGAGGGUGAGUAAAUGAUGACAGCAUUUUCUUUUUUUUUUCUUUUUUUUUUUUUUUUUUGAGUGAACUAUUCCUUUAAGGAGUCACUGUAGAAACAUGCAUAUCUCAUGAAAUGUGAACAAAAUGGUAAACAGGUUCUUCUUAUCCAUCUGUUACAGCUCUUAAGAUUUAUUUCAACAGAUUGCGUUGAUAUACUACUGCAAUGGAGUGCAUUUAAUGACAACCAAUAUAAGUCUAAUCUUAAACAACUUAUCCAUAUUUUGGCAUAUAGAUCAAGUUCAGUAUACUACUAUAAACCAUCUUUAUAAUGUCAAAUCAAUGGCAGAUGUUCAACACAGUACCUUACUUUCUUGUUUACAACAUAAAAAGCAACAAAAUGGAAUAUUUGCUUGUCCUUGAACUUUUCAAUGUCAAUAAAGUGUGCUGGAUAAACUGAGAUGAAAACAAGAUGUAGGCUUGCUUAAAAGCUAUAGAAGAGGAGAAAUGGAUAAACUGCUUUCAUUUACUGUUAUUGUCAUUUAAUGUUGGUUGAGACUUGGAGGUUCAUUAAAAGCAACAUUAAACAGCUUUAGGGAAAUAGCGACGCUACUAACUUUACAUUUUUCAGUAGCGUGACAGUAGCUCAGCUGCUUUAAAAGUCAACAUGCAAUCAAAAUAAACCCUAUUUACAUUUUCAUUGCAUGUUUAUGGGUUUUUGUGAACAAUUCAUUGGUGCAUAUUCUUUUUUAUGUUAUUUGGCAUUUCUGCAAUUAUUAGAUAGGGCAAUGAAGCAAUGGGAGAGUAGAGAAGGAAACAGGAUCUGGAAAAUUCACAACUCAAACUCAUGUUGCCCACAAUGCAACUGCACAGCCUUGAACACUGCCCACAAGGCUAUACGGUUCCAGUGGUGGAAAAAAAAUCCUGUUUGCUUGCAUUUCUUUUGCAACAACUUUCCUUUUCAGCUGAUGCCACAGGGAUUUGGAUAAUGCUGAUCAAAUAGCUGUUCAGUUUUAUUGGUUGGAUUUAAUGUAAUCUGUUUAGGCUUAAUGUUGUGACUCUAAUCAAGAUUCUCAUUGGUUUGCACCAGAUAGAUAAG